AUGGCUAUUCCUGUAGAUCUCCAUCAUCAUCUUUGGCUCUCAGUUUUUGGAAUCCUUGGGAACAUCUUCUCAGUAUUUGUAUUCCUUGCACCGGUAUCAACAUUUAUUGAAAUUUAUAGAGCCAGAUCAACAAUGGACUUUGAUUCUCUUCCUUAUAUUCUAGCACUACUUUCUUGCAAGCUUUGGAUGUAUUAUGGUUUCAUCCAGGAGAAUGCCACUCUUCUCAUCUUCAUCGGCUCAAUAGGAGUUGUUGUUGAGACUACCUAUAUUCUCAUUUUUCUUGUCUUUGCAACAAAUCAAGUCAGGUGUCAAACAUUGAAGGAAUUGUUUCUAUGCAUCGGAGGAUUCUAUUUAAUUUUCGUGGUCUCAUGGUUUCUACUCUCGGGUGAAGUUCGUAUUAGCUUUGUUGAAUGGAUUACUGUGGCAGCCUCUAUUACAGUUUUUGCUUCACCUAUUGGCAUAGUGCUUGAUGUACUUAUAACUAGGAGUGUGGAGUUUUUGAAAAUCUACAUGUCUUUCUUCCUCGCAUUGAGCGCAAUCAUGUGGCUUGGCUUUGGUUUUAUGUUGAGGGAUAUGUGUAUCGUGUUGCCAAGCAUCUUUGCAUUUUCAUUGGGAUUCACACAAAGUUUGUUAUAUGCGAUCUACUGGGAGCCAAAUCAAAUUAUAGAGGAAAAUGAACAUGUGCCAGAGCAUGUAAUGAACGUCCAGAUGCUAGGGAUGGUGAACCCCAUGAAUUCUGGGAGAAAUUCAAGCGUUCGUGAUAUUGAAACAAACUCAGAGGCUACUCAUUAA